AUGGGAAAAUAACUGUGUUGGGGCUAUAAAUUAAAAAUAUUUUUUCUAUUCUUAAUUUAUAUGCUAUUAUACAUUUUAACAUUAUUAAGCAUUCAUUUAAUUAGAAUUGGUGAGUAUUGCAUGAAUUCAUAAAGAAAGAUCAUAUCAAUAUUAAUUACAAUAACUAUUAAAAAAUGCUAAAUUUUUGAAAUUCUUUUAUUGAGUUUUUUUUUAAUUUUUGUAAGUUAGUUGAUUUAGGAUUAAAUUACAUCAAUAAAAGAUAAUUAAACAAUUAUUCAAUAAAGAUAGGAUAAAUUUGGUAGAUACAUCAUUCUUUAAUAAUUUAAAAUAAGUUUUUGAUGAUGAGAAAUGGUAUCAUUGCAUAUUACCAAUUAAGCCAAAAUUAAAAUAAAAUUAUAUAGAACUUGUAUUUGAUGAAGAACUGAUAAAAUAAGGUACUUAAUAUUUGAAAGAUAUUAUAUAUGAUGAAACUAAUCCAGGCAGUAUUCAUUUUAUAGAAUUUAUAUUGGAUAACUAUUCUAAAUAAAAAUAAUGA